AUGUGUCCUGAGUCGAGACUGCGGCCUGAGGGAGCCCCGGCUGGCUUCUAUCUACACGUUCCAGAGAAGGAGGAGCCCACACUCAGCAGCUCUGUACCAUCUGGGGGGGACAGGCCUCGGGACAGGAGCCGCUCCUCAGACAUGUCCCGGGAUGACGACUCUGUGCUGCGAGAUGGGAGCGUGGAUUCUUCAGAGGCCUCAGAUGACAUGCCCAGGAAUGCUCCGGGGAACAUGCGCCCAAACUGGGGUGGUCCUAACAACAGCAACAGCCCCAAUGGAAGCCCACGCAUGACCAGCUUCGCAGCACGUCGAGACAGCAGCCGGAAGAGACAGCCUGCGGCACCGGGGGAGGAGGCCAGCUCAUCCCCCAGCACGGCCACUGCACAGGGGCCUGAUGCGCAGGCUCUGGGUGCGCGGCUCGAGGAGAAGCGCAGGAGCAUUGACGCCCAGAAGAGGCGGAUAGAAGCCAUUUUCGCCAAACACCGGCAAAGGCUGGGCAAGAGCGCCUUCCUCCAGCUCCAGAGGGAGCAGGGGGAGGGGGGGGACACUGCAGCAGGGGAUGCAAAAGAGCAACUCAGCCUAGAUGAGCGCCUCACACAGGUGGAGGAGCAGCUGCAGCGUGAUGAGGAAAAAGAGCGGAAGGAGCAGGUCAGUGCACCACCUCCACGGCUGGAGAAGCAGGUGACCUUUUCCCUGGACAACAAGGAGCGCGAGGGGGUGGCCGGCAGCCCUGGGCCAGGAGUCCAGCAGUACACUGAGGUGGUGCAGAAACUAAGUGAAGCUCUGGAGUGUCUUCAGAAGGACAUGCAGAAGCUCACACAACAGCAACAGCAGCUCUUAAGCGGACAGCGACACAAACUCUCCCCUAAAAUCAAACCGAUGCCCGUCACCCCCGUCACCCCUCCUCAAACCCCUUCCAAGACGCCUGCGCGCAGCAGGGCCUUGCUCAUCCCUGUGUCUGGCCAAUACGCUUCCACCAAAAUUACUCUUCUGUCGUCUUCCUGCCCAACCCCACGCACCAGGGCGGUCCCGCGCAGCCCCAAGACGACCUCCCGAACGCCAACCCGCAAGCGUCCCUCUGAUCUGGCCUUUCCCCCCCUCUCCCGAGUCCUCACCCCGCCCCAGAGCGUGGAUUCGCUGCCACACCUGAGGAGAGUGUCCCCCAGCAAGUGCCAAGUCCAGACCUCGUCCUCCUUCCGCAUUGGGGGUCCGCGGACGCUCACUCAGACACCCCCCCCAGUAGCCGCACAGAGUGAAGAGAGCACCUCAGACACGGGCUCCAGCGAGACACCCACCCAGUUCAGUUUGGAGCUGGAGGACAGGGACUCCGGCCUAGUGCAAGACAGCCCAGCGCAGGACCUCCCGAGGCCAGUGGAGAGCAGUCCCUCGGAGUGUUCCCUGCAGAGUGACACACUGUCCCUGUCAGCCUUCAGCACAGGAGGCGACGGGCGCCCGGUAGGGGACACGUGCAGCCUCAUGGCCUCGCUGUCGUCCCUAGGGCCUGCUGAGUUGGAGGGGGGAGUGGAGGAGGGGGCCAGUGAUGAGCAAACAGAGUUCUCCUCAGACUCCAUGAGCGACCUCACAGAUGUAACCAGAACCCGAGAAAGCAGCGUCUCAGCCAGCGAAGUGACUGUGCAGGAGCCCACCCCCAUGCUGCCCAGUGACCCAAGACCCCGACCCACCGAGGACAGCCAGCAGGCAGCUCCACAAAACCAGUGCGGUGCAGACGGACACCCACAGAGUGACACCUUCACAGCAGAUGGGCCCCCACAGAGCGACGCCUCUAGCAGUGACAGGCGUGAGGAGCCGCGAGGAGCCAUUGGCCUCUUCUACAUGGACGGGGCACACAGAGAGGAGGACAUGGCCCAGCGCCGAGCCGCACUGCUGGAACGACAGCAGAAGAGAAGUGAGGAGCUGCGGAGGAGGAGGCAGUGGAAUGAGCAAGAGACAGAUACAAGAUCCCCCGCUGGUCUCCCUUCUGCCUCCUCUACCCCACCAGCCACCCCAUCCCGGCGCGGAGACUUCACCCGAGGGGAGUACGCCUGCCGGCAUCAGCUCCGCAUCAUGGACGACCUGGACAAGGUAAUCAAGCAGAAGCCUGCCACCGGAGCACGAGGGAAGAGGACUCGAGCCCGGCCCCGCAGUGUGACCCGAGAGAGCACCCAUCUGUCCCUCAGCCCCGCCAAGAGCACCUCAGCAGGCCCAAGGCUGACCAAAGUCUACUCCCACUCAUCUCUGAACCUGCCCUCGACUGCUGACAGUGAGAACAGCAACAGUGAGGCCAAAAAACCCCAAAGCCGGUCCUCCUCCCCAUGCGCACAGGGCGCAGACACUGAGACGGGCUCCAGCAGCGGUCCAUCAUUGGCCCCUGACUACACAGGUCCAAAGCUGUUUAAGGAGCCCAGUUUCAAGUCCAAUAAAUUCAUCAUUCACAAUGCUCUGGCGCGCUGCUGUCUGGCUGGGAGGGUCAACGAGAGCCAGAAGAACAAGAUUGUAGAGGAGAUGGAGAAGAGUGAGGCUCACCACUUCCUCAUCCUGUUCCGGGAUGCUAGCUGCCAGUUCCGUGGCGUGUACACGCUGAGUCCAGAUGCCCAGGAGCUGGUGCGACUCACUGGGGUGGGUCCACGGGCAGUCCCACGCAGCCACAUCCAGUCCAUCUACAAAUACAGCUCAGACCGUAAACAGUUCUGCCCCAUCCCCUCCAAAACACUGGGUAUGAGCGUGGACGCCUUCACCAUCCCGGCAGCGCUGUGGCAUGGGGGCGGGGGCGUGGCUAACCGGAGGGCCAGCAUCACUAAGAAGAGCCCCGCCAAGUGA